GGGAAAUACAAUCUGCGCUCGGGAAAGCGCUUUACCAAAACCGUACUAGCCAACAUGGCGGCGCCCACUUCCUUCGCGUCCCUUCACUUUGCGUUUUGGCCGGGGCGGGGUUCUGGGCUUUAGGCAGGUCUUGCUAUGUAGUGAAGUCUGAUCUUGAACUCACUAUGUAGCCCAGACUGGCCUGGAACUCACACGAUCCUCCUGCCUCCCAAGCGUGCUGAGAUUACAGGGUGGUAUUUAGUUUCACAAUGUUUGGGGACCUGUUUGAAGAGGAUUGUUCCGGUGUGUCAAAUAAUCAGUAUGGAAAAGGAAAAACACUAAAGGCUAAACCUUUGGAGCCUCCCGCUCCUAGAGAAUUCACCAAUUUAAGUGGAAUCAGAAAUCGGGGUGGAACAUGUUACCUCAAUUCCCUUCUUCAGACUCUUCAUUUCACACCUGAGUUCAGAGAAGCUUUAUUUUCUCUUGGUCCAGAAGAGCUUGGUUCUUUAGAGGAUAAGGAUAAACCUCAUGCAAAGGUUCGAGUCAUUCCUUUGCAAUUGCAACGCCUGUUUGCUCAGCUUCUGCUCUUAGACCAGGGAGCUGCAUCCACAACUGACCUCACUGACAGCUUUGGGUGGACCAGCAAUGAGGAAAUGAGACAACAUGACGUGCAGGAACUGAAUCGCAUUCUCUUCAGUGCUUUGGAAACUUCUUUAGUUGGGACCUCUGGCCAUGACCUCAUUAAUCGUCUGUAUCAUGGAACUAUUGUUAACCAGAUUGUUUGCAAAGAAUGUAAAAACAUCAGUGAAAAGCAGUAUUCCUGUAUCUUUCAGGAAGACUUCUUAGAUCUAACAGUAGCAGUCAAAAGUGUAUCUGGUUUGGAAGAUGCGCUCUGGAACAUGUAUGUAGAAGAGGAAGUUUUCGACUGUGACAACUUGUACCACUGUGGAACUUGUGACCGGCUGGUUAAAGCAACAAAGUCGGCCAAAUUACGUAAGCUGCCUCCCUUUCUAACAAUUUCAUUACUAAGAUUUAAUUUUGAUUUUGUAAAGUGUGAACGCUACAAAGAAACUAGCUGUUACACAUUCCCUCUCCGGAUCAACCUCAAGCCUUUCUGUGAACAGAGUAAACUGAAUGACUUAGACUAUGUAUAUGACCUCUUCUCAGUUAUUAUACACAAAGGUGGCUGCUACGGAGGACAUUAUCAUGUAUAUAUUAAAGAUGUUGAUCAUCUGGGAAACUGGCAGUUUCAAGAGCCAGAUAUGAAUUUGAAAGCUCUUCAGAAUGAAGACAACAUUGAUGAUCCAUUGACAGUUCUAAAAGCAGUCUUACUGCAGGAAGAGAAUAAUCUGAUUCCUGUUGAUCAGCUAGGCCAGAAACUCUUGGAAAAGAUAGGGACAUCUUGGAGCAAGAAGUACAGAAAGCAGCAUGGACCACUGCGAAAGUUCUUAAAGCUCCAUUCUCAGACAUUUCUGCUCAGUUCAGAUGAAAGUACAGUUAGUAUACAGAAGAAGCUUUCUCUCCACGUUGAGUCUGAUUUGCAAAGUAAUGAGCAACAGAUUCUCCAGAUGCUGGCUUCAGAAUCUCCAGGAUUAAAUGAUAACACCACCUGUCCCCACUGGUUUGAUAUAAAUGAUUCCAAAGUCCAACCAAUCAAGGAAAAAGAUAUUGAACAGCAAUUCCAGGGUAAAGAAAGUGCCUACAUGUUGUUUUAUCGGAAAUCCCAGUUGCAGAGACCACCUGAAGCUCGAGCUAAUCCAAGAUACAAGGUUCCUUGUCACUUGCUGAAGGAAAUGGAUGCAGCCAACAUGGAACUACAGAUGAAAAGGGCAGAAUGUGAUUCUGCAAACAAUAAUGUUGAAUUACAUCUCCACGUGGGCCCUUGUUAUCAUUUCUUCAAUGGAGCUCUGCACCCAGUAAGCUGUCAGGCAGAAAGCAUGUGGGAUUUGACCUUUGAUAAAAGAAGAACUUUAGGAGAUCUCCAACAGUCAAUAUUUCAGCUGUUAGAAUUUUGGGAAGGAGACAUGGUUCUUAGUGUUGCAAAGCAUGUUCCAGCAGGACUUCACAUUUACCGGACACUUGAUGGAAAUGAACUGACAUUGUGUGAAGUUGGAAUUAUUGAUGGGGAAGACAUCUUUGUGUGGAAUGGAGUAGAGGUUGGUGGUGUCCAGAUCCCAACUGGUAUUGACUGUGAGCCCCUGCUGUUGCAAGUUCUUCAUCUGGAGAAAAGCAGUGACAGCCGAUGCCAUGGGCAGCUAGUGGAGUCUCCGCAUGUCUUUCCAGCCAAUGCAGAAGUGGGCACUGUCCUCACAGCCUUGGCCAUCACAGAGGGCAUCAUCCUCACACACAGUGUUUGGUCUGUAGGGGAAGAGAGCUGGACUGCUAUUCCCCAGGAAGACAUGCAGAGGACUUUCAGAGAGCAUGGUCUCACGGAUGGAAGCUCAGUUUUAGUUCAGGAUUCUUACAGUGAUGGUAACAGUCUGUUACCCCAAGAAGGGAAGUGGAUCACUGGUAUGAAUGAGAUUGACUGGCUUGAAGUUAAAAAUUUAUGCCAGUUAGAAUCUGAAGAGAAGCAAGUUAAAAUAUCCGCAGCUGUUAACACAGUGGUGUUUGAUAUUCGAAUUAAAGCCAUAAAGGAAUUAAAAUUAAUGGAGGAACUAGUUGAGUACAGCUGUUUGAGACCUAUUGAUAGAAAUGGGAAGCUUCUUUGUCCAGUCCCAGACAGUUCCACUUUGAAGGAAGCAGAAUUGAAGCUGGGAAGCUCACUUGGACUGUGUCUUGGAAAAGCACCAACUUCAUCUCAGCUGUUCCUAUUUUUCGCUCUGGAGACUGACAUUCAACAUGGGACAGAAAUGGAGAUCAUAGUAGAAGAAACACUCUCUGUGAGAGAUUGUUUAAAGAUAAUGUUGGAGAAAUCUGGUCUGCCAGGAGAUGCAUGGCAUUUACGGAAAAUGGAUUGGUGCUGUGAAGCUGGGGAGCCUUUAUGUGAAGAAGAUGCAACACUGAAAGAGCUUAUGAUAUGUUCUGGAGAUACUUUGCUUUUAAUUGAAGGAAAACUUCCUCCUCUGGGUUUCCUGAAGCUACCCAUCUGGUGGUACCGGCCACAAGGUCCUUCAGGACGCUGGGAGAGCGAAGACCAGCCCCAUGGCAGCCCUGCUCAAGGUGUCGGCUGGAGAGCUGCUUCCACCCCAGGUGUUCCUGGCCACGUGACUGCGGAAGUCUCUCUCCUCUACUUGGGAGACAUAAACAUCUCAGAAGAUGCCACAUUGGUGGACCUGAAGUCUCAGGCCAGGGCCUUGCUUCCUGCCUCCGAGGUGGCUGUCCUGGGCCCAGCCCUCCUCAGAGCCUGGACGGUGGAGAACAAGCGCCCCGGCAGGCUCCUGCGUGCUGAUCGGCGGCAGCUCAAGGAGUAUAAACUGGGACGGAGAGCUGAGAUCUGCCUAGAGCCCCUUCAGAAAGAAGAAAGCUUGGGCCCACAGGAUGUGCUGCUGAGGACACAGAUGCGCAUCCCAGGGCAGAGGGCCUACGCCCUGGCCAUGGACUUGGUGUGGGACACCACCCAAGGCAGCACUGCUGGUGCCCUGCUGCAGAGAGUGGCCGAUUCCUAUGCUCUUCCAGUGGAGAAGAUUGAAAUUGCCAAGUACUUCCCGGAGAAGUUUGAGUGGCUUCCAAUAUCAGGCUGGAACCAGCAGAUUACCAAGAGGAAAAAGAAGAAAAAGCAAAAUAAUUUGCAAGGGGCACCCUAUUACUUGAAAGAUGGAGACACGAUCGGUGUUAAGAAUCUCCUGGUUGAUGAUGACGAUUUCAGUACAAUCAGAGAUGACAUCGGAAAAGAAAAACAGAAGCAGCUGUCAGUGGGGAAGAAGCACAGCCGAGAAGCCCUUCGAGCACAGAACAGCGACAUUUUCUUCAGUGCUGGGACACCCAUCCGGCCCCGAGGACCGGAAGACUCUCUGUCCAUCCAUGUGGGCAGCUUCAGAUAGCACUGGCAGCCAGACAUCCCCUAGCACCCCGCCCAGGCUCUGCCCCUGAACACGCUGUCCCAUCAGCUCUGUGACCCCUGUGACUGUGGGCUUGCAGGUGGCUGGCUGGACAAGCUCGAACCCAGGGGACAGCUCCUCUCCGGCCAGGCAAGUGCACACCACGCUCAGCUCUGCAACCCUUGGCACGGCCACCCGUGCUGACCUCGCAUCACACCCGGCUCAUGGCCUUUUUACACCAAGUUCACCACCUAUUUAUGGACCACAGCUGUGGACAGUGGUACACUGCUUAGAUCACUCACACCUGCUGUGUAACACACACCCGUGUUCAGACACUGUUGAGAUAAGUGUGAGUCACACGCACUGAUGCAGGUUCCCACUCUCGUCCCACGUACAGGGCCACGUGCUGAGCUUCAAGGAACCAAGUCUGUGCCUUCAGGCUUCGCCCCCACGUGCAUUCAGUCCUCACCAGUGACUUUCCUCAGGGCUGGGUUAUAUCUGGUUCCAAGCCCUCGCUCUCCCAAGGGCUGGGCCUGAGCUCAGCAUGGUCUGUCACCUGCAGUGCCACAGCUCUCCAGGAGGUGGCAGGGCCAUCACAGACACCUGUCACAGUCAUGGCCAUUGUCCAGGCUGGCUGAGCGGGAUUCCUGAGUAGGCUCAAUUGAAAUAGGUGAGAAAAUAUAGGCUGAUUUUUUUCCCAAUUUAAAAGCUUUCACUUGUAUCAGUGACUAACACAGCAUUGUGUUCCUGAGCGGACUUUGCACCCUGGGAAAAGACUAACCUCGUGUAAGCGUCAUCCCUGAGAUGGGACGUGUGCCUGCCCUGGUUGUCACCUGGUUUCACUCAACUCCUCAGCCCUGGCCUUAUUCACACAGCACCGAGCUGGGGAGAUGGCGAGUGGCACUGGCUUGGCACCCCAGCUGUGCCCCUCAGGUCCUGGGCCAACCAUGGUGCCUUUCCGUAGCGUGGCCCUCCGCAGUGGCCCUGCCCUUCCUCUGCCCUCUUUCCAGCAUCACUGGAGAGGGACGGGCAUCCCUCCUGUGCAUCUGGCUGAGGAGCUGUGUCACGAGGCUCGGGACAGGGCCUAGCAGGCCCUCCCAUUCGAACACUGUUGGUGUCACUGCAUGGGCCUUCGGCCGCACCCCUGUGGACAGGCACCAUUGAAGCAUAGCUCCCGCCCGGCCUCCUGUGCUGCAACUGACAUCUCCUCAGUGAGCUCCUCCACAACUCACAGCUCACAGUAGGAAGAUACGGGCAAAUUCAAAGCUCUGAAGGGACCUUCAGCCACAGGCUCUGGACUGCUUUUCUUUUCUAUGUGGGGGAUAGCGUGGGGUAAUCAUGGAGAAAGCUCUAAGAUGUUAUUAAAGAAAAACCAUCUUCAAAGCUGUUCUGGCCCUCCUGUUGCAUGCUGACUGCUUCCAGUUCUUGCCUGAGAAACUUUCUUCUCCCAGUGUACUUCAGAGGCUCGGCACACAGUUUCUGUUUAGGAGUCCUGCUUUGGAAAUAACAGACAUGUGCCUUGGUCUGAAAUCAUUCAGAUGCGGAAAGUGGCACUGGAAGAAACUGGAUACCGCCUGCUCCUCUUCCUUGUAGGGCCCGGACUGGCUAUAGGAUGCAGUUGCAGGAAAGAUUUGUUCACUUCUGAUGCACAGCUGGCAAAAACAGUGCAGGCAAGACUCCUGAUGACCCAAAACAGUGGCUUCCUGGACACUGGUGUCCCUCUAUGACACCCAUGAUGCCACCCUUCACCCUGCCUGGAUGUCUGGAUGGGGACACACGAGCAGCCCCUCCCUCAUCCUGCUCUUGAUUAUGGUCCCCACCACAGCACAACUGGGCAUAGGAUGUUCAUUCUGGGAGGAGACUGACUUUGACUCAGGAGUCUGAGGACAGAAGCACGACCCUCGCCUGGCUCCUCACCUAAAGACCCCAAAGAAUACAAUGGGCUUUCUGUUUUGCUUUGCAACCACCAACAAUCUGACCUAUUUUUAGAACCAAUGAAAAACAACUGAAUUCAGUUAAGCAGCAUUUUAUGUCAGCACAAGGAAUGAUGACAAGGACUCUGACCGUGGAAGAUCAAAAACAGGCUCAUUUUAUUUAUACACAUAAUGACUUAUGUACAGCUCUACAGUGGGACUAUGUACAUAUCCACACACGAGGCAUCUGCGGCCAGGUGGUCAGCGUAUAAAUUAGUAUUAUAAAUAUGAGGGGCACCCACCGGGGCACAAACCUCUUCUCCGGGGCCCCUCUCUCCUGACACACAGGACUGUGGGGCCCUGGGACUCGAGGACACCAACCUGCAACACCACUGGGGGGCCGUGGGGCAGGCACGGAUGGCCACACAGGCCCAUCGCCACCUGGCAGGUCCCUACACCACUUGAACUGGGCCUUUCACUUCUAACUUAGCACAACUGAGCAAACUACAUUUCAGUAAUUGUCAACAGUGAUUCUGAUUUUAAACAACACCCCUGACCCAAACCCAGUGCUUCCCAAGGAGACAGGAUUUGGGGUGGCCCUAGUGCCACCAUCAGCUGCUUUUCCUCAUGUCCCCUCCUCGCCUAAGCUUCAGGCUUGCUCUGACUGGGCCAGCAGGUACCACGUACACAGGCUGCUAUCACCUCAGUGAGCUGUUUGGGGCCUCCACCUACAGGGACUGUGGUAGGCCCAGCCACACACAACAAGGCAAGUACUUCCACCUACUACUACUACCAAUAGGUGGCUCACUCCACGUGCAUAGGGUCUGGAUGCCAACAUCACACAGAACAGGCGACGCUGAGGGUGGAAACAGCCUGGGGCAGGCAGGCAGGGCGGGAAAUGCACCGUCUGGCUCCCGAUGCUCCUGGACUAGGACACCAACAGGGGCAGCCCAAAGGCACCCCGAGUCUGCACCAGCCCUGUGGGCACCUGGACAAAGCCCUUAGCAACUCCCUGCCCAGCUUAUGUACGUCAGAUGGGGGACUCAACUCAAGGGUCGGGGCAGUGCCAGUGCCACUGUCCUCUGGUGUGGAGCCACAGCCUGGCAGCCCUCUCCAGGUGGCUUUAUGAUCAUCCCUGAAAGGGGAAGAAAAGGCAGGCGAUCGCACUGAGGGCCAGGAUGCAGCCCUCCUCUGAGAAGCACCCCACCACUGGCACUGCCAUGCACUGGCGCCGUCAGCCCUGCCCAGAGGGACAGGUGUAGGGCAGGAGCAGCGUGGGCCUCAAGUCAAGGGUCCCCGCACACAGCAGCAAGCACACGCGGUCUGGCGGCAGCAGACAGGAAGCCACCACAGUGCCAGAGAUUC